CGCAGCAGCAAACCGUUUGUGGCCGAGCAACAUUUUUAGCCAGCAGCAACAUUUGAAGCCGGGAGGAUUUGAAGGGACGACGGCCUUGCCGACCGUAUCCCGUAUCUCACAAAGUACAAAACCGUUUUUCGUAAGCAUCGGACGUGCGUCGCGGAUCAGCGUGACACCCAGAGCCCCGGGCCCUAUAGCGUGCGUAACAUUUUCGUAGUCCGAAAACCUAAAGGCAAAUCGCAGUUCUUGCUGGGAUUACCAGAAAGUGAACUUAAGGAAAAGUGCAAAGUAAAAGAACAGACGACUUCAACAGCUUAAAACUGAAGUUCGUUUGGAUUAAAGCUGCUGCUGCUGUUCGUUUGUGUGGCAUGUGUUUUUGUGGCGCAGACACAGGUUUUUUUAAUAUCCAUAAUAAAUGUGGACCACAGUUAAACAAACAAUAAUUAAUUGCACCGCCAGUAAGAGUACACGGCGCACGGUAGUGUGUGAGUGCGCGAACGCGUCGGUGUGUGUUUGUGCGUGUGUGGGUGAUCAAUUGAAUAAAUAUUAUAAUUAAUUGCAUUUCGAGCAUAUUUCAAGAGUCGAUUGGAAAAACAUACAGAGGAGCACCGGUUUUGAAACGGUUUCAAGCCUGGCAUUGACUGCUGCUGGCUGCUGCUGUUGCCUUGGUUGUGCGCGCAAUUUCCGGUUUCCGUUUCCGCCAAAAGCAACAUCCGUGUUGGUGUCCACCAACAAAUUGCCCAAAACGGUGACCUAAAAGUGUUAAUUAUUCAGGCAACUAAUUUCGCGUGUGCAAAUUACCAAGAAAACUCCACACUAAAUCAAAGAGAAAACUUCUUCAAAGUGAACAAACUUAAAGUGCUGGGCAGCAUCCAGAAACAGAACAACAGAAUCAGAUCCACAUCCACAUGUGCCAAUUGCGUGAGAGCUGAGGGGAAAAGCAACUCCAAGGACGGUAGGAGGAAUAUAUCGCAUUGCCGAAAACAGGAGAAAUCCAUACAAAACACACACACACACAAUUCCUGGGAUAAGUGAUGAAGUCAUGAGACCGACAUUCGAUCGACGCCUCUGGAUAUUAUUGUUCAUUAUUUCAGUACAAUGUGCCAGCUAUACGCAACCACAGAAUAUCAAUGGCAAGUCCAUGCAGAGGCCACAGCCGGCCGACCAUCGAGCAGUCAGCAAGUGGCUGAGCAUAUCCAGGCAGGAGCCGCACAGCAUCCAGCUGCACGAGCAGCGGCAGGAACAGGAGCCAGUUGACCAUAAGCCGAGCAGAUGCAACGCCAGGAACUGCAGCAGGGCCAAGUCCAAGUUGGCCAGGUGGAAGGACCAGCUGAAGGUCCAUCAGGCCCAUCGUGCGGCCCUCCAUGUGGAGGCGAGGCGACGGCAGCGACGCGAAACCGAAGAGGAGGAGCCAGAGCUGGAGCUGUCAUCUAGGCCCACCUCAGCCUCCACGUCCACAUCGGCGGCUGUCACUGCCAGUGGGGCAACGGCGGCAGCCACCUGGACCACCUCCACGAGAAGCGCCACUGGCUAUGCCCAUGCCAACGAGUCGUCGGGUCCGGCUCUGACCACGCCAAAGGCGAAGCGGGUGCGCUCUACGCUCCACCUGGCGCCCGAGGAUCUCAAGCCCAAGACAAAGGAGCCGGUCGUCAUCAUCGACGAUGUGGAAGAGUUUGAUAGCGGCACAGUGCCGCGUGACGUCUUCGGGCGCAAGAGUCCGCCCGAGGAGGCGGACGACAGCGAGGAUGAGGAGACGCUUGAGCCGCGAGUGCUGCCGCUGCGGCCAGUGCCGCCGAAUCCCUACGAGGAUGAGGAGAUGUCCGUCGUCUAUGCCGAGCAGCACUCGGAGAUUCGGCUGAUGUGCGAGGUGGAUCUGGACAUUGCCACCAGCAUGUGGUACAAGAACGGCCAGGUCGUCCAUGCCAUGGACCGCACCAGCCGCGUCACCGACUACCGCUUCAUCAAGGAGGCUAAUGGGGCGCUAACCAUCACCAAUGUCAUGCUGGAGGACGAUGGCAAGUGGCAGUGCGAGGCGGAGAAUACGCGACGCUACACGGAGAAUGCUCGACCCACUAAGCUGGUGGUUCUCGAUCGACCCAAGCCCCCGUAUUUGCUUAUCGAUUCGCGUCGCCUUGAUGCUGGCAAUAUCUUUGUGCCCGUCAAGGAGAAUUCCGAACUGAAUUUGGCCUGCAUCAGCGAGGGCGGCAAUCCACGGCCCACACUCAGCUGGGAGGUGCUGCUCAGUCCGGGCGUGGAUCGGCAUGCCCAGAAGGUGUCCGCCGAAGUGCUCGAGCUGGAGGAGAUCAAGAACGAGAAGCAGGACAAGAAUGGCUACAAAAUCAACAGCGGAGCCAAGAGCGAGGCCCGUCUAGCGGCUGUUUAUCGAGCGCAUCACAACGCCCGCAUUUUGUGCGUGAUGGAGCAUCCCACCCUGAAGAUACGCCAGAACGCCUCCCUCCUGCUGGACGUGCAAUAUACGCCCUCCUUUGCCAUCUCGCGCACACCUGGCUUUGGUUAUCUGCUCCGCGAGGGCAUCGAAGUUAGCCUCAAGUGCGACGUUGACUCGAAUCCCCCCAGCACGCCGCGCUGGCAGAAGGACGACGGUGACACGCCGGUGCCGCAGACCGGCGAUGGCUUCCUCAACUUCACAUCGAUACGCCGCGAGCAUUCCGGCUGGUACAAGUGCACAUCCCGUCAUCUGAAUUUCCAGUACUCCUCGAUUGGCUAUUACCUCAGCGUGCGAUAUGACUCGGUGGAUGUUACCUCGGAGCCAGACGAUCAGGAUGUAUCCGUGGCAGCUGCCUCGCACAAUCCCAAGGGUCAGCUGGAGGUGCAGCUUGGAGGCGCCGUCACCCUGCAGUGUCCGCAAGGCUCCCUGGGCUGCUGGUCGCAUUUGGAUCCCAUUUCGGCACGUCUGCGCGGCCUCGGCUAUGGCAGCAGCCAGCCGACGGGCCAGUUCUCGCUCAAGGACGUCAUGUACCAGGAUGCGGGCGUCUACAAGUGCGUGGGCCAGCCGCUGGCCAACAAGAAGAAGCUGGAGGUGCUGCAGAGUGUCACCGUCUCAGUGAAGGGCUCCCCCACAGCGACGGCCCUGAAUGCCACGCCCAUCGCCUAUCCGGGCUCCCCCUUGCACCUAAAUGUGGAGUUCUGUGCCAAUCCGCCGGCCCAUGCCGCCCGCUGGCUGCACGGUGAUCGCGUCUUCACGCCCGGCAACCAAUACGGCAGCACCGUUCUGGCCUACUCGGUGAAGGAUCUGCCCACGCCCUACUGCAAGGAGGCGCGCCUCACCUACGUCAGCAUGCACGAGCGGGUGCCACGCACCUUCUACUUCAUUGUCUCGUCUCCGGGUGGCGUGGCCGAGGCCAUCUUCAAUGUGAACUUCACCAAGCGCCACCGCACGAUGUCCAAUGCCAUCGAUGCCGACGACGAGGAGGAGGAGCUCAACCAGCCCGAGCAGAUUCAUUUUCCCGUCUUCAACAGCAACAGCGCCAACGACACGUUCCGUGGAGGCAGUGCAGCCGUCGCACUAACCCUAGCUCUGGCUCUGGCUAUUUUCAAUUUGAAUCUGCUCAGAUGCCAUUUACUUUAAGUGGGUGUGUGUAAUGGAGUGAGUGCGUGUGUGUGAGUGAAUGCGAAUGUGAAUGUGAAUGCAGAGUGAGUGCUUUGUUUUUGGAGGGCCUGACUCGUUCAUUCAACCAACCAACCAAACUCUAUGUAAUCUAACCCCACUAACUACCACUAGGCGCAUGCAUACCCGCACUCGUAUGUGGAUCUGCCUGCCUGCCCAAUUAAUCGAUUCAUAUUACCAUGUGGACUAUGCCACGCAACUACUACUCUAUAUAUGUGUACUCCAUAUAGCUAUGUGUAUGUGUAUCUGUAACUUUAACUGUAACUGUAUCUGUAGCCGAUCUAGCCAAGCAUCAAAAUUGCCCUAGGGCCUAGAGACUAAGGCCACCCCCACGCCCCACCCAUCCACAUUUAGCCUGCUUCUACCCAAUUGUUGGCCAGCCCCCCAGCGGUGAGGCGACUUUUCACACCUAAACUACUCGAAUAUUUUUACUGUAAGCCCCUAAAUGUAGAUGUUGUAACAGUAACUGUAGCUGUAACUGUAACUGUAUCGGUGCAUGUCAAUGUCAAUGUGUAUAUGUAUGUGUGUGUGCGCGUAAAAGAUAAAGGCCAAAAAAAACAAAAUUAAUGAAUGAAAAAUCAUGCCAUUAUUUUGGAUAAACAAAAAAGAAAAGAAAAAACAUUGUUAACAGUUGGUUAUUACGAAUACUUUAAGUUCCUUUUCAAGGGAGAUCGAAACCGAAACCGAUAACGUAAGCGAACCGAAGAUCAACGAGCGGCAAAGAGAUCAUCGGCGAGUGCUCUCGCAAAGCGACUGAUUUUGUUAAAUAUUUUGAAAAUGUUUAGAACCUAAAUACACAUGUAUGUAUGUGUGUAUGGGCAGAGGGCGGUGAAUUAACCUAUAGUUUAAUAUUGUAAAUGACGAAAGACGAUGGACAACAUACCAGGCACGAACAAAUUCCUUCCAUUUGAACUGUUUGCCCCCGCGGCAGCGAAACUGUAAGAUAUUUUGAGAAAAAAAAAAUUAAGCGAACGAUCAAAAAAGAGUUAUAUUUAAAUAAAAGUUAUAAUUACCUAAAUACUGAUUUUCACACAUGUAUUUGUAUUAUUAAUCCAUUAAUUCAUUUGAUGCCGCAAAUAGUUUGAAAGGACCAAAAAUCUCUUCGUUUCUUGCCAGGGAUAUUUUUGUAACCAAAACCAAAACCAAACACAAAAAAAUUUGUGUAAUCUUAAAACAAAAAAUAUGAAGACCCUCCACAUAAGCGAUAGUUGUACAUAAAUGUUAAAGUAGCAAUUGCUCAACCGAAAGGCAAAUGAAUAACCCCCCAACCUACAGUAAGAGCAAAGAACAUUGCGAUAGUUAAGAAAGUGUUUAAUGGAAUGUUGUUUGAACGCAGUAAGCCAAAGCGAAUACGCUACAAGUAGCAUUCCCCAAAUAAAUAUCUGCCGAAACAAAAUAUGGAUGUAUUAUAAAAGAAAAGAAACAAAACGAAACGAAACGAAAAGGAAAAACAAGACACAUUUCAAUUAUCCCCCGCUAUUGUAAAAUAUUUCAGUUGAGCCUCCAUUGCGAGCCGGCAAACAACAUGUUUUGCGUGCCAGAGAUGGGGCUUUGUAUAGAGCCCGAAAAGCUUUUGUAAUUUAUUUCAUAGACGAUCUAAGCCAAAAAUGCAUUCAUUAUCCUAUGCGCAAACUACAUAUGCAUACAAAUACAAAUAUAUAUAUA